AUGGUGGUUACCUCAGUCUUGGAAUUGAUUCACACUUCUCUAAUUAAUGGACGACCUAGUGCUGAUGAUCCUUCACGUGUAUUACUAGAAUUCACCUCUGCUCGCUUUAUUCGCCUGAGAUUUCAGAGGAUACGGACACUAAAUGCUGAUUUAAUGAUGUUCGCACACAAAGACCCAAAUGAAAUUGAUCCCAUUGUUACAAGGAGGUAUUACUAUUCUAUAAAAGAUAUCUCUGUUGGAGGCAUGUGUAUAUGUUCAGGCCAUGCGAAGGCUUGUCCACUGGAUCCAGCGACCAAUAAAUCCGUCUGUCAGUGUGAGCACAACACAUGCGGAGAGACAUGUGAUCGGUGUUGUCCUGGUUUCAAUCAAAAGCCUUGGCAUGCUGGCACUUUCCUGGUUAAGCAUGAAUGCGAACCAUGCAACUGUCAUGGGAAGACUGAGGAGUGUUACUAUGAUCAGGAUGUUGCAGAUAGAAAUCAGAGUUUGAAUGUCCAUGGAAAAUACAUUGGGGGCGGAGUGUGUGUGAAUUGUAUGAGCCACACCGGUGGCAUAAACUGCGAGACCUGCGUCGAUGGUUACUUCAGACCCAAAGGGGUAUUGCCAGAUAGCCCAGAUCCAUGCCAGCCGUGUUCCUGUGAUCCAAAUGGAUCUUUACAUGAUACCUGUGUCAAAGAUGAAAAACAUGCAGAAGGAGAUAUGUUGCCUGGUUUCUGUCACUGCAAGACGGGCUAUGCCGGAGAGCACUGCAGUAGAUGUGCCUUGGGUUAUAUAGGAUAUCCUGAGUGCCUGCCCUGCAACUGCUCACUGAAAGGCAGUGUGAAUGUUGACCCUUGCGUAGGUCCCUGCAUCUGCAAGGAACAUGUUGAAGGAAAUGACUGUGAUCGUUGCAAACCAGGUUUCUUCAAUCUGCAGCAAAAUAAUCCCAAAGGCUGUGAGGAAUGUUUCUGCUCUGGGAAAACAAAUGUCUGCACACACUCUCACCUUACCUACAGAAAUAUACAAGACAUGAAUGGCUGGUAUCUGACUGGCUUACCGGGUCUCAUCAGAGUUACCCCCAAGCAAAAGAAAUUUGAUGGGCAUCAGCAGUUUAGCAUCAGCAACGUGGCUGCGCGGAAAGUACUACCACAGACUUACUAUUGGACUGCACCCAGUUCCUAUUUGGGCAACAAAGUAGCAGCUGCUGGAGGACGUCUGAAAUUUACAGUCUCCUAUGACUUCACAAAGGAAGAAGAGACAGUUCAAUUGAUGGUUCAAUCUGAUGUCAUCAUAGAGGGACGUGACUUGAGAAUCAGCACUCCAAAAGAAGGGAUCCACCUGCAGCCUUCUGAAGAGCACACUGAAGAAAUUGUGCUGAAACCAGAAUCUUUCUCUGUGCAUGGCACUGAUGUUCCAGUCAGCAGGAGGGAGUUCAUGACUGUCCUUGCAAAUGUAAAGAGGAUCCUCAUAAGAGCCACCUACAGCAAUGGGAUGAAUGCCAUCUACAGACUAAGAAGCGUUAGCAUUGAAGCCGCUGACCAUGCUUCAACUGGGAGAAAGGUGGCGUCUGCAGUGGAGUUAUGUGACUGUCCCCCGGGCUACGAUGGUACCUCGUGUGAGUCUUGCUGGCCUCAACACAGGCGGGUGAAUGGCACAAUUUUUGGUGGAGUCUGUGCACCAUGUACAUGCUUUGGUCAUGCAGAAUCGUGUGAUGAUAUCACAGGAGAAUGCCUGGACUGCAAGCACAACACAGGUGGUUCUUAUUGUGAUAGAUGUCUUCCUGGCUUCUAUGGUGAUCCGACCAAAGGGACAGCUGAAGAUUGUCGGUUGUGUGCUUGCCCCUUAAAUAUACUUUCUAACAACUUUAGCCCGACAUGUCAUUUUGACCGAAGUCGUGGACUAAUAUGCGAUGAAUGCCCAGCUGGGUACAUGGGACCACGCUGUGAAAGGUGUGCAGAAGGCUAUUUUGGACAACCUCUAAUACCAGGGGGAUCGUGCCAGCCAUGCCAGUGUAAUGACAACCUUGACUUCUCCAUUCCUGGCAGCUGUGACAGCUUGUCUGGUGCUUGCCUGAUAUGUAAGCCAGGUACAACGGGCCAAUAUUGUGAGAGGUGUGCUGAUGGAUAUUUUGGCGAUGCUCUUGAUGCAAAGAACUGUCAACCCUGUGACUGUAACAUCAAUGGCUCCUUCUCAGAGAUCUGUGACCCCCAGACAGGCCAGUGCAAGUGUAAAGCCAAUGUGAUCGGGCGCCGGUGCGAAGUCUGCCAGCCUGAAACAUUUGGCUUACAAUCUUCAAGAGGAUGUGUUCCCUGCAACUGCAACUCUUUUGGUUCCAAGUCCUUCGACUGCGAUGGAGAUGGACAGUGUUAUUGCCAGCCUGGAGUUUCAGGAAAGAAGUGUGACCGCUGUGCUCAUGGAUUUUACAACUUUGAAGAAGGAGGCUGUACUCCCUGUGAAUGUUCACGUUUUGGUAAUAACUGCGAUCCCAUCAGUGGCCGCUGUAUCUGCCCUCCCAAUACUGUUGGAGAGAUGUGUGACAAGUGUGGACCAAAUUACUGGGGCCAUGAUAUUGUCACUGGCUGCAAGCCCUGUGACUGCAGCCUCAUUGGAGCCCUGGGUUCUCAGUGUGACUUAAAUACAGGCUGUUGCUUCUGCCGCCCUGAAUUCUCUGGAGAUAAAUGCACAGAGUGCAGGUUGGGUUACUGGAAUUAUCCACAAUGUGUUGCUUGUCACUGCUUCCUGGCAGGGACUGAUCCACAGAGCUGUGAUACAGAGUUGGGGAAGUGCUCGUGCAUUGAUAGUACUGGCCAAUGCAGCUGCAAGGUUAAUGUGGAAGGUGUCCACUGUGACAGGUGCAAGUCUGGUACAUUUGGUCUCUCUGCCAGAAACCCACUUGGCUGCAGCAGUUGCUAUUGCUUUGGCCUGACUACACAGUGCAGUGAGGCAAGGGGGCUGAUUCGCAUGUGGGUGACCUUGAAACCAGAGCAAAUGAUUCUGCCACUGGUGGAUGAAAAACUUCAGCGCAGCACUCUUUCAGGGAUUACAUUUCAGCCUCCUGAAAUAGUAGCAAAUAUAGAACAGGUGAUGCAGGAUCUUCGGUCAGAACCUGUUUACUGGAGACUUCCAGAGCAGUUUGAGGGACGAAAGCUGACCGCUUAUGGAGGGAAACUGAAAUACGCAAUCUACUUUGAAGCACGAGAAGAGACAGGUUUUACUACUUACUACCCCCAAGUCAUCAUCAGAGGUGGGCCUCCCAGCCAUACAAGAAUUAUUGUCUGGCAUAUGGCUGCCCCUCUGAUUGGGCAGCUGACAAGGCAUGAGAUAGAGAUGACAGAGGCAGAUUUCACAUGGAAGCAUUAUGGAGAUGACUCAAGACCGAGUAGAUCUGUAUCUCGGGAAGACUUCCUGAAUGUGUUGUAUGAUGUUCAUUACAUUCUUAUUAAGGCUACUCAUGGCAAUAUCAUGAGACAGAGCAGGAUUUCUGAGAUCUCAAUGGAAGUUGCUGAAGGCGGCAAUGUGUCUGGAAUGACUCCUCAGGCUCACUUCAUUGAGAAAUGUGACUGCCCAUUGGGUUAUUCUGGCUUGUCUUGUGAGUCAUGCUCUCCAGGAUUUUAUAGGCUUCCACCUUCACCUGUGGGAAGGACACCUGCUCAGUCCUUAGGCACCUGUGUUCCAUGUCAGUGUCAUGGACACAGUACUAUGUGUGACCCUGAAACAUCAAUUUGUCAGAAUUGUCAGCACAAUACUGCUGGUCACCACUGUGAGAGAUGCGCGCUGGGAUUUUAUGGCAUUGUCCAAGGCUCUCCAGAUGACUGUCAACCUUGUGCUUGUCCCCUAUCCAUUUCUAGUAACAAUUUCAGCCCUUCUUGUGUUGCGGAAGGACCUAGUGUUUACUGGUGUACUGCAUGCCCACGUGGAUAUGAAGGCCAGUACUGUGAAAGAUGUUCUUCUGGCUACACGGGAAACCCACAAACUCCAGGAGGCUCCUGCCAGGAAUGUGAGUGCGAUCGAUACGGCUCCCUGCCUGUCCCCUGUGACCCUGUCACUGGACAGUGCACUUGCAAGCCUGGAUUCACAGGGUGGAAGUGUGUUGGCUGUGAACAUCGGCAUGCACGUGAUGGCAUGAAAUGCAUUUCUUGUGAUGAUGAAUGCACAGGACUCCUUCUCAGUGACCUGGAUCGGCUAAACCAGAUGAUCCUGAGUGUUAACCUUAGUGGUCCACUGCCUGCUCCAUAUAAAAUGUUGCACGGUUUUGAGAACAUGACACAGGAAUUAAAGCAUUUGCUUUCACCUCAGCGAGCACCAGAGAGACUUCUUCAGCUAGCACAAGGAAAUUUGGAUACCCUGGUGACAGAAAUGGAUGAACUACUGACAAGAGCUACCAAGGUGACAGCAGAUGGUGAGCAAACCAGGCAGGAUGCUGAGAGGACUAAUGACAGAGCGAAAUCUCUGGGACAGUUCGUCAAAGGCAUUCUCCAAGCUGCUGAAGGUAUUGGAAAAAGAAAAAUAUGCCAAUUGUUUCUCAAGACAACUGAAGGAUG